GUAGUUCGCGCACGGAUGCAGAAUGAAUGACAGCAGCUCGCGUGGCCGAUCACUGAUUCACGUUCGAUCACAUCUAUUGUGGCCUUCACCCUCGCAUAUUGCCACAGAGCUUUCACUGCAACGGCUUUAUACGACGAGCUAUAUCCAAAAAAAGGACCUCUAAUACAGCUAUGCCAGCGUCAGGCUCGGCCAUAACGAAGCUUUCGCGCGCACAACGUCAGAGUACUCACCCGAAAGUGACGUUCGAAGGAGUCAACGUUGACACAGCGAUGGAGGAUGUCAUUGAGAAUGGCGAUGGAGAAGACGACGACGGCGGCGAUGGCGAGGAAGACAGGUAUGUCGUGAAUUACUACUUGACUAUAUGCGCGUGCUGAAUAUGCGCAUACACUCAUCAGUGGAAUGUUAGAGAUGCUCAGCAUGCUACAACAGAUUCAGAAACAUAAGGCAAGCAAGACAUCGUCGCACUCAAACACCGCCUUUCAGAACGAAAAGACAGCGCUCUUCAGCGGGGCACGCAAGGAGGUAGAGACAAUCGUGCAUGACGGUGUGACGUAUAUUGAUCAGUGUAAGGCUAGAAUUGCCGAAUUAAGAGCCCAAGAGACAUCGCAGGACGAUCACUUUAAAGAUCUUUCUCUUCUCUGGAAGAAUCAUGAUGAAUGCAUACGUGGCUUGCUCGGGACAUACCCCUCUUUAAUUGAGAACCUCUCGCACCGCAGAGCGGAGUAUAUCAACGAUGCAAGCGCUAUGCUGGAGGCCCACGCGGUGGGACGCCAGAGAUCACGCCGUAGGCUUGUGAUGAAUGCGAGGGCCCGGAUGGACGAGAACAUAGAGAAUCAGAAGCUCGCCACAGACGCCACAGCACUCAUCAAGCACUACAAAGCUCUCUUGCUUUCUUGAGCAUCGGGAAUGAUUAUGCGUCGGAGAGGCUCUACUUCAGUCUGCUUGCGCUUCCGAACCGACUCGUUACCAUGUAU